AUGUCGGAGGCAGGGGAGGUGAAGCUGAGAAACAGGUGCGUGCUCAGCGUUGCUGCAGACGGGAAGCGCCCUUCGUCCCCGUCAGUUGGCAAGGCGGAUGCUUCUUCGGUCUCUGGAGUGCAGCAACAACAGCAGCAACCGCAGCAGCAAGGCAGCAGCAAGGGUAGCAACAGCAACAGCAACCGCAGCAGCAAGAGCAGCAGCAGCAGCAGCACCCGCACCAGGAACAGCAACCGCAGCAGCAACACCAGUAACAGCAGGGGCAACAGGCAGGGGCAGCAGCAGCACAGCAACACCAGUAACAGCAGGGGCAACAGGCAGGGGCAGCAGCAGCAGCAACAGCAGCAUAGGCAACAGCAGCAACAGCAACAGCAAAAGCAACAGUACAAGCAACAACAGCAACAGCAACAGCAAAAGCAACAGCACAAGCAGCAACAGCAGCAACAGCAGCAGAAGCAACAGCAGCAGCUUUGA